AUGCACAAACGCCAAUCCAACACCAACACCAACACCAACACCAACACCUACCUAACCCCCACCUCCCCAAUCAGCAACACAACAUGCUCCUACAGCACCGCCAGCUUCACCAUAACCAAUGGCCAACUCUCCACCUCCGACGGUCGAUUUCUCUCUACAACCGACGGCGUUACCUGGAUGGCAUUCCAAGCAUCUUCUCCGGCGGAGGCGAUUAGCACGCAGUUUACGAUCGACGGAAAUGGGUACUUGGUGUGGAGUAAUAGUGCGUUUGUGGGGGAUACAGCGCUGUUUUGUGAGGAUGAAGAGACGGAGCAGAUUAAUGUGCUGUUUCGGGGGGAGACUGAUGCGAGUGAUGAAAGUUAUCCGGAUUAUGGGAUGGGGUGUGCUCCUGUGGAUUUGAUGAUUGUUGAUGAGGCUGCAGCUAGUACGGGAACUUGUCCGGUAUACCCUGAGAGUUGGAGAACGUAUUCAAUCGCGGGGUUAUCUUGUGUGCCGCGCACUGUGAUUUGGACGCAGAAGGGAUGUGUCCCUUCCCCAGUUCCGUACUUAUCGGAUCCGAGAUACUGA